AUGAAGGAUGCAGAUGGCUUGGUCGUCGCUGGCCGUCUGGACACCUCCAAUCCUUUUGCUCGCAGAGGCCCCAUCGGAACGAUUGGCGUUCUUGACGCCAGCUGUGGCCGGGAGGAACUCAGUGUUUGUCGUGUGGGUGUGGUUGCGCUCAAGGCCCCAGGACGCCUCGCUGCUCCAAGUGUGGGGCCAUGGCGAGCGGUGGCCUUGGCAGCGGGGGGUAUGUCCUGCUGUGGACAACGCUCCCGCGGAUGCACAGGCAGCCGCUGGGAGGCGCUGGACCCUCUGUCAGCGCCCUGGACGAGCAAGGUGGAGCCUUUGAGUUGCAUUUGCCUUUUCACCAGACAGACACAGGAGACGGGCGGACAGACAGAGCAGGGCUCUUGA